AUGACAGCAACAAACAACAACAGCAACUAUAUCGUUUCUGAUGAAAAAGUUAUUGAUUCAUUAGCUGAGGAAUUAGUUGUGGCAGAAACUAAAACCCUCAACGAAAGAAUUGGUGAAAACAAGAUUGAUUUACAUAACUAUCUCAAACAUGAUGGAGGAAGAGGAAGGAAAACUGGUAUGGCUUUAUUAGUAAAUAAAAUUUCGAAUUUAACGAUUAUAGAUGUUGAUAUCAAUAAAUCGUACAAUGAUGAACUUAAAGAAACGGUUAGAAAAGACAUUUUAUCAAAACUUUCGGAUAAAGAUGUUAUCGUUAAAACCGCUUCAGGAGGUCUUCACAUUUAUUGCAACACUAAUUUCUUCUAUUCAGUUUCGAACAGAAUGAUUAAAUGUUAUUCCUGCAAUGAUUAUGAUAUUGAUAUAAUGACUUCUAUUGAUGAUUCAAAACGUUCAUUAGUGGUUAUGGCUGAUUCAAGAGUUCGAAAGAAUGCAACAGAACCAAUCAAAACAUACUCAUUCAUUCGUGGAAGUUAUGAUUCAACAUUAACUAGAACCGUAAACGAUAUAUUAAAUGAUUUGAAUAUUAAGGUAAGAGUUGAACAGAAGAACGAAGAAAUAAAGACUAUCACGAAUGAAAACAAAGAUGUAAACAUUGACGAUAAACUUGCCCAGAGCAUAGUUGAUGGCAUCUGUGAUUUUGAAGUACAUAAUGACGGUGGAAACAUGAAUUUAGAAAAAGAAAUAACAUUAUUCACACUGUUUCAAGCUAUUAAUUCGUUACCUAAUCAUUUAAUUAAUGAAGCAUACGAUAACGUUUAUAACUUCUGCAGUUUAACAGAAAAUGCAAAAAGUAAUUUUGAAAAAGCACGUAGUAGAUAUGCACAUUUAAUGACUUCUCCAUUUGUUUUAGUGAAGAUUCUAAAACUAUAUCAAAAGGAAUAUUAUGAUGAAUACGUUUUACCUUUAUUACGUAAGCCAAAAAUAACAUUUGAUAUAAAACUUGAUGACUCGUUUUUGAUAACAGAUAUUAGACGCAAGGCUGAAAAUCAUCAGUAUAAAAACAGUUCUGAAGUAAUUGAGGAUUUAUCACGUGUAAUCCGUUUUGUAGAUUGUGGAAACAAAUAUUUCAUUCAAAAGGACUAUAAUAUCCACGAUAAAAUGAAUCAAAUAUCAUUCGUUCUUCAAUCAAACAUGAAAGAGUCACUUAAAAUGAUUAAAUUAUUUAAAGAAGAAGGUAAAACAAUAACAGCAUGGGACGUACUACUAAAUCAAUUGUCUUCAUUAACUGUUAAGGGUGUUUGCUUUAAAUCUGAUUCCCCAGAUGUUUUCUCAACGUUUCAGGGUUAUAAAUACAACAUUCUCGAAAAGCCUGAUUACUCAAAAAUUGAGAU